AUGAAUGACAUUACGGUAUGUUCCAUUUCUUUAUUCUACACAGCUCUAGCGGCAAUCACAUCUAUGCGAAAGACUUGGCUACUUUUCAUGAAAAAUGUAAUAAUUUUAUGGAGAGGUGGCGUAUGGACCCUUUCACCAGUGAUAGUUCCCGUUGGUGUUGGCUUUAUAAUACUUCUUAUUCUUUACCGGGACUUCCCAGAGCGGUGCAUGUCGGGAAAGGAGAAUUUACCAAAAUUGACAGGCAUUCCACUGCGAAGCAAGCAGUACCAAAAUAAAACUAGAAUAUUCGUCAAUAAGGAGCUGGGCGACGUACAGCAAAAAGAACUCCUUGAGUUACUUGAAAUCAUCCAAAAUAACAGCGGACAUGUGUUCGAAGUGGUUGAUGGAGACAGCAGAGGAUACUCUGGUAGCGUUUCUAUCAAAGAGUUCGACCUGUUCACUAAAGCUCGUUACCUUUAUCGAAUUGAGGACGACAGUAGGUCCGUUGUUGAUUUGCUAUGCAUUGACUGCGAAGGUGGAAAAAAGCUUACGUGCCUUACGUACGCUACAAAGCAGCGUAUGUAG